CAGAGAUGACGAUCAACACAGAACCGAGGCAGGACUUCUGCUGUAAGCCUUCCUCCUCCCUGCUGCUCCAGGCCAGGAGUCCCUCCCCUUCCCCGUCCGGGGCGAUGGCAGAGCAGAAUUCCUGCCUGGAGGAAACGGAGCCGCCUGCAGGGAUCCGACCGAGUCUCCGUGUCCGGUUGCUGGCACUGAUGGAUGGAAGCCAAAGCUGUUGGCCCAGCCCAGCCCUGUGGCCCCAGGAGGAGGAGGCCUGCGAGCGAGACCCGCAGUGCGGCAGUGGGACGUGCUGUGCUGUCAGCCUCUGGCUGCGGGGUCUGAGGAUGUGCACCCCGCUGGGGCAGGAGGGGGACGAGUGCCAUCCCUUCAGCCACAAGGUCCCAUUCCUGGGGAAGCGCCAGCAUCACACCUGCCCCUGUUUGCCCAACUUCAGCUGCUCCAGGUUCCUCGAUGGCCGCUAUCGCUGCUCGCUCGACUUCAAGAACUUCGACUUUUAGGUGAUGGAGCUGCGAGUUUCAUCCCAGCCUGCAGCUCCCAGCGCCCAUUUCUCGCCCCUCUCUUUGCUCAGUGCACUGUAUCCCUCCCCCCCCCCAGACAACCCUACAAGCACUUUUCCGAGCAUUGCUACAAUCCAUGUGCAUGGGGAAACUGAGGCACGGCCAAGCAAAGCUGCUCUGGCACAUUGCUUAGCAAAGCUGUGCCCUCAGGGCAGAUGGAGGACAGCAAAUCUCUUUGACCUCCAAAAUCCCUUUCAUGGAGCAUAGCCUGCAUGCAGUGGAUGCUGUCAGCCAGAUUUCCUCCAUCCUUUCUUUUCCUGAUGAAAUUUGGGAGGAGUGAACUUUCUCAUCCAACCUGCAAUGAAGAGAAACAUCUACCAAUUAGCUCGGCUAAUUAGGGGUUGGGUUUUCCCAGGUGUUCAAGCUCUGGUGCAAAGCAUCAUGCGAU